AUGGCUUCCAGAACACCAGCUGCGCCCCCGCGAGGCCAUGCCUCAGUCUCACCUGAGGUCAAGAAGCCACAGCAGAUUUCUGUUGGUGGCUUCCGAAUCUCGACCCAGAAGCUCCCCAUCCUCAAAGCCGAUCCGAUUGACGAAAUGACCAAGAAGCUGGGCAUUCAGGUCCCUGAGAUGAUAUUCGGCGAUAAUUAUGUGUGCAUUGAGCACCCGCCCAGUGGCUGGGGGAUCAACUUCAAUGCGUUUGAUGCGCUGGACUUGGUGGACAAGACAGGACAGUCGAUGCUGCAGGUCGCAUACUCAAAAGAAUGGCAACAGAAGAAAAAAACACACGACGGAAUCAAGGAGGUUGUUAAGCCAUUCGAUUGGUCGUACAGCACCGACUACAAAGGCACCUUAAGCCCGAACGCCCGACCCUUCGAGGAAACAACGAAGCCAAUCCCUAUCGAGCUCCUGAAGCGACCGGAUCCGAUCCUAUUCUUCGACGAAGUCGUCCUUUAUGAAGACGAGUUGGCUGAUAAUGGAAUUGCAAUGCUUUCCUGCAAAAUCCGCGUCAUGCCAGAGAGACUUCUCCUCUUGACGAGGUUCUUCAUGAGACUGGAUAAUGUCUUGAUUCGACUUCGCGAUACUCGGGUCUAUGUCGAUUUUGAAAAGAAAGAGGUGAUUCGGGAAUACCAAUCCAAGGAAUGUGAAUACGAGAAAGUUAGACAGAUGCUUGCUGGUACCCGGGAUGAUAUCCCGGCAUUAAUGAGAGAUGCCAAUCGACUUUCUGAAUUGCUGCCUGUGGUAGAUAAGAAGUCCGAGUGUGUAGCUCUUGACAGCUGA